GAAAGCUACAUUAUAUUAUAUUAAUCAAAGUAUUAUUAAUCCCCCAGAUUGAUCAGCCUAAUUUUGGUAAAAGUGAAAAAGGUUUCUGUUCUAAUUCUAAUUCUUUCCUCCCCCAAGCUCCUCUAACUAAAUAGCUAGCUCAGAGAUUACGAAAGUAAGUGAUGCCACGAGCAAAACGGGCGAAGAAAUCCACUUCCUCCCCCAAACCGCGUCUGCAAUCUCAGCCCAAAGCAGUGCAGGGGAAGAAAGAAGAAAAGAACCAAGAGACAGAAGAAACGAAAUCCCAACAGCACAAAAAUAUCACACCCCCAACUUCCCCUCCUAGAGACACAUCAGAGCCGUUCGAACCCCCAUCUCUCCUCGACGAAGAGGAAGUCCCUGGCCAAUCUGAUAUUGACGCCAGCACAAAGCCAACAACAGCAGGAGCAGCAGUACCACCAAGCCGCCGCGGUGGAGGCACAGGCGGCUAUAACGCUUUAAAAUCCUUCAGGGGCCAGGUAUACACCGGCAUGGCCGUCGGGGGCUCUCACACCUGGGAAUACCAGCCGGGCAUCUGGCACGAGACCAAGGAGGAGCCCGAUCUGUGGAAGAUAGACUACCGGGCAACGAAGCGGCGGUCGGGCCGCCGGCCGGCUCCCCAGGGCAGCGGCGCAGCCGUGGGUACGGAGUAUCACUGGUUCAUCGUUGCGCACCAGUACGUCAAGAAGACGGAUGCGAAUACGUAUGAGACGCACAUGACUGGGUCGAAGUAUAAGCUUGCGCAUCGGGGUGCGGAGGCGAAGAGUUGGUCCGUCCCUAGUGUGAAGGACCAGCGGGAGAGGGAGGUUGAGUUGCUGGAGGAUGCGGGGAGGAGGGUUAGGGGGUUACCGCCUGUGCUUGCGGGGGAGAAGGUGAGGGUUGAGAAGAGGGAGAAUGGGCAGCAGAGGCUUGAUGUUUUGUUUGGGGCUGGGAAGGGCGGGGCUGGGGAAAAGAGAGCUGGAUUGGAGCAGGGACAGGCAUCGGAGGGGUUGAAGAGGAAAAGAGAGGAUGAUGAUGAUGCUGACGGAGCGGAUGAGGUUGUGGUGAGCGAGGUAAGUGAAGAGGGUUGAGAGGGGAGGAUGUAUGAACAAAACCUUCAACUGUGAGAUUUCAACAAGUAGUUUUCAUGUUGUGCAAUGUAUAUUGUGUAUAUUAGUGGGGUUGACGCCAGUAAUUCAUUUCUGGCCGCGGUUUGGGUAUAGUGUCGUCGGGCUAUCUAACUAGAAAGCAUUCAUUCGUUGGCACUACUCGUAGAAGAAAUAUUUGCAUGUAGAGAGAAGAAAGAAAGCAACAAAAAAGGCUAGCAACGUUGAUUUCCCAGCGCUAUCCUACAGUCGAGGCAUUCCAAAGCGGAGAACUCAUCAUAGUAGAUUCGUGGGUGUUCAUCCUGUCCAAUCGCCAUACGUUUGAAACAUUUCACGACAAGCGUGUUAUUGAAACGAGAUCUCCCCGCGUCCAGAAAUUCUAACCAAGGUAUUCAAUUAUCCAUUUAUACCAAUAUAUAAAUAUACACAUAUCCAAAAACAUUUACAAUCAAAAAAUCUAAA